UGAGUAAUCCCUAUGGACUUAACUGUCAUGGAUAAAAUCACAAGGCACAUACUGAAUUAAUGAACGAUUCGUUCGCAGAGAAAUGGAGAGCAGAGUGGGUCUGGACUAUAUUGUAGAGCACGCGGAAUACGCGGGCAAGCUCGCUGCUGCUCUCACGUCGCCCACCGCAGCUGUCAAGAAACAAGUCUUCGAGCUCCUGUCAGCCCUAUGUGUAUAUAACGCAGAUGGCUACCAGCGAGCUGUUGACACACUCGAUAGAUAUAAGGUUCUCAAAGGUGAUCGUUACCGACUCAACGUGGUGGUAGAAGAGUUAAAGAAUGCUACCACUAUCGACUAUAAAACUGCCCUUGUUGCUUUCAUCAACUGCCUCAUCAUCUCCGCUCCUCGCUUGCCGGACAGGAUCCGAGUGAGAAAUGAGUUUAUCGGACUUGGACUGCUUCCAACGCUUAGUAACCUAAGGCAUGAAGCUGCCAGUCAUCCAAACCUUGGAGUGCAACUCGACGUGUUCGAGGAGCAGAGGGAGAGCGAUGAGGCGCAGGGUCCCGGCGGGAUCAACCUUAACUCACAUCUAGACGUCUUUUACGCUAUAUUGAAACAGGUUUCCGAUACACCUCAAGAGAUUCCAUUCUUAAGUAUACUCCAGCAUUUACUUCGAAUAGACCCCAAAGAACCAGUCAGCGAUAUAGUUUGGGACACAGCUGAAACACUAGUCCACAGAGCGACGCUUUUAGAAACAAGAGAAGACGCUGCAAAACUGCUUCGAGCGCCGAGUGUCCAGGCUAAAAUGGGCUGCACUUGUCAACACAGAGACAUGGCCAGUUCGACUCGUAAACAGAGCUUGCAGAGAGCGCUGUCUCCACCCCCGCCUCCCCCGCCUGCACCCGCGCCGCCCCCUGCGAUACCACCCCCACUACCACCAGCCCCACCCGCUCCCCCAGCCCCUCCAAUACCACGUGGAGCACCCCCUCCACCUCCCCCCGCGUCCCUAACUCCCCCACCACCUCCAGCCCUGAACAUCAAGUUACCACAGCAAGAGAUACCACUGCCUAAAACUAAGAUGAAGACCAUUAAUUGGAAUAAGAUACCUAACAAUAAGAUUAUUGGCCAAAAUAAUAUUUGGUCCAUCGUAGCGUCAAGUCAUAAGCACUCACCAAAAACGGAGCUGGACUGGAGCGAAAUAGAAGGACUAUUCUGCCAGCAGGUAUGCUCAGCAGGAUCAUCCCCGCGUCUCGGCAGGAGUCCCAUCUGUGAUAGUUCAGGAGAGAGGAAACCUAGAAAGGAACCCUCUGAAAUCACACUCCUCGAUGGAAAACGAAGUCUAAACGUUAAUAUUUUCCUGAAGCAGUUUAGAAGUUCCAACGAAGACAUCAUACAAUUGAUCCGUGAAGGAUCUCACGACGACAUUGGUACUGAAAAAUUGCGCGGUCUUCUAAAGAUUCUACCCGAAAUCGACGAAUGCGAGAUGCUGAAAGCUUUUUCCGGUGACGUCACCAAAUUGGGCAAUGCUGAGAAAUUCCUUUUACAGCUCAUCCAACUGCCUAAUUACAAACUAAGAAUUGAAUGCAUGCUUUUAAAAGAGGAAUGGUCGUCAACAGCUGGAUAUUUGGAAAGUGCGAUCAACGCUAUACUAGUGGCUGGAGACGAUCUCAUGUCUUCAAGAGCCAUACAGGAGGUGCUAUAUAUCGCGCUAAUCGCGGGCAACUUUUUAAACGCGGGCGGGUACGCGGGCGGUGCGGCGGGAGUCAAACUGGCGUCCCUGCAGAAGUUGACCGACAUCCGCGCCAACAAGCCCGGCAUGAACCUCAUGCACUACGUCGCGCUGCAAGCUGAACGCAAGAAUAAAGAGCUGGUACACUUUGCUGACGAUAUAAGAGUUUUAGAGGAAGCGUCUAAAGCAAGUGUGGAGCAACUUUACAAUGAAAUCAAUACACUCGCGCAGAGGAUUAGUAAUCUCAAGAGAGACAUACAGACGACUAACCAAGAUAUCAAAGAUCAGAUGGGAGACUUCUUACAGGUUGCAGAACGAGAGGUGUCAGCUUUAAACAAAGAUAUGGAAGAAGUGGAAAGCAUGAGGAAGCAACUUGCAGAAUUCUUUUGUGAAGAUCCCGUCUCGUUCAAACUGGAGGAGUGCUUCAAGGUAUUCGUGACGUUCUGCAGCAAGUUCCGGUCGGCGGUGGGAGACAACGAGCGGCGCCGUGCCCUCGACGAGCAGGCGGCGGCGCGGCGCCGAGCGCGGGACGGAGCGACGCGGGCGCGCGCGGAUUCCUUAGGAGGUAGUGUGUGCAGUACCCCAGUGUCAGAUUGUGAAUCUCUUAUGGAGUCCCUUCUCCUAGAUAUACGGAACGGUCUCAGCAGACGGUCUUUGAGGAAACCCCAUGAUCUAUCUCCGUCACCAGAUGUAACUCCGACCGGUAGUCUAAGAAGACGCAGCAGAGCCAGUCCCGGUGACGAUGAAGAUGGUCUGUUGGAGUUCUUGAGACACUCUUCGCCCGCGGCUAAUGAGAUGAGAGAGAGAAGUGCUUGGGGCAGUUUGGGUAUGGCAUUUGUUGUAAAUUUUAGAAUUACUAGCUAUGAAACCAUUAUCUACAAUAAUUGUGUUUGCAGGCAAAUGAAGAAAAACCGACUUCAAUGUGAGGUCAGUCGCUACCCCGCAGACCGCUCGUGGUCGCGCCGUGCACCAGCUCGCGUCCGCCUGGAGUUGCCGGAGCGGGAGCGCGCGCCCUCGCCGCGAGCUGAGCCGCCCGCCCUCACGCCGCCCGCCCCCGCCCCGCCCACACCGCCCACGCCGCCCACACCACCCGCCAAGCCGAAGGAGUGGCGUCAAAAGAUAGAGUCAUGGCUCCGCGCCAGCAGCGAAGAAGAGAAACGCGCUCCCCGAAGAUCGACACUUUCGCGCACCUUGGAAAACGACUCCGAGAACGAACGCAGCGCGGCGCUGGAUACACUGGCAGAGACGCGUGCAGAGUGGCGGCCCGCUGUACCCACCGAUAACGACCUUGUAAAGGCUAUUGAGGCUGUGGAAGAUGUACAACCAAAAACAAAAGAUAACAGGCUACCAUGGAGAAAGACGGAGGAAAACGAAGAGAUGAGACGACUAAGGAGGCAGAGAUCUCGACAGCAAGUAGAGUCCCCUCAGCAACUCGUGUCCAUAACGGAGGAAGAAAAACGAAAACUACCGGAUAUUAAAGUUACCAGUGCCAGAGAGGUUAAAGCUGAAAAAUCUGACAGAGUCGAAAUAGAUUCUGACAACAUUGAAACACCACCAGUGCAACGAAAAAUGUUUAACCCACCUCUAGAAAGAGAGCCUUGUCGGAAAUUCCAGCCCUCUCUUUCGAGUUCCAGUCUCAGUGAUAAAGCUACGACAGAAAUGCGAGAUUUGUGUCAAGAAAUUUUGGGCGAUGGUCAGUUUGAUAGAUUUUCUGCGGCUAGAAGAACGAGAAGGUACAAACGGAACGCGGACUUAAGUUCACCAGAAGAAGAAAAGAAACAGGAUAGUCCAACUGAAUUGGUCGCAGAAACACAAGUCAUGAGGCCGUCUAAACUAGAAAUCCAAGCUUCGUACCUAGUUGAUCCUCCAAAAGAAGUAACCGUAGCUAAACCUACCGCGGAACCAGUGAAAGAUGAGAAAGAGUUUAGAUUAAAACGUUGGCAGGAUAGAUUGAAAAACCAAAGCGUUGCAAGCACAGAGAAAACGCCAACCAAAGAUAACAAAUCGGUACCCUAUUCACGAAUGAGGCGUCAAACUUCGAUAAACCAGGAAGACGUUCAAAAAGCGAUCAGGGAAUUAAAAUCUCCAACACAGAAUCCAACAGGAGUUUGGUCGAGAAACGCAUAUAGAAAAUCGAUGAAUGCGAAAUUGGAUAAAACACCUACUGGUACGGAAAGAACGACAUCACCACGAAUUACUAAAGUCAAAAGCGAACACGAGUUAAACGAUGAAGGUUUUGAAGAAACACAAAGUCUAAAUUCGGAGAGUGCAUCACAGGGCGCUUCCUCGGGAUGUAAUAUGGAAUGCGAAUCACCAACUCCUAAGAAAGCUACGGAAAUUCCAAAGAAAAUCCCUACCAAAGAGACUCGGCAACCUCCCCGGACGCCAUUAGAUCCAAAACGCUCUCUUCCAAAACGAGCAAGCUCGUUAAGAGUCGAAAGAUCAACAUCUCGAGCAUCACUUAGAAGUUCUAGAAGUUCGUUGAAUAGUUCAGUGUCUGUAGCGACUGUGAAAAGGGCACCUUCGUCACAAGCUAAACCAGCACCUAAGCCUAUCCCAAAGCCUGUGUCUAGGAUGCCUGCAUCUAGAUCUUCAUCGAGCGGUAGUUCAGUCGGUAUUUCUAGACCGCCUGUAAAAAUAACCAACAAAACAUCUGGUUUUAUGAGACCGACGCAAGCAUCGAAAGGCAGAGGAACGAGUCUUCAAACUGGCCUAAAAACCAUAAAAUAAAACCAAAUAUUCGACGGCGGGAAAUUUUUGGCGCGUAUAUUUUAAACAGAUAAAAAAUUAUUUCUGAUUAAUCUGUACUAGUAUAGAAGUCUAGAAAUGAUAUAGUAUUAAUGUAUAAAAUAACAAGUAAAUUGUUAAAAAAAAUUAUUGGAAUCUUCAGAUAAAAGGUGCUCGAAUCUCAGAAUAAUCUGAAGCUUUCAAUGACUGAAUUUCGUUUAAGUCUAACUUCUAGAUCUGUUUAGGAAUGAAAUAAGAAAAUCGUUAUUAUUUUAUUUCGUUCGGCCCGUA